GUCCAAGUACCUACGAAGCCUUGUCAUUUCUAUCUACGCCCCCUUCGCGACGACAUUGUCCUCGUGGCUCAUGAAUCAUGAGAAGGUAUCUAGGGGAUGGGGCGUCCCAUCCUUGCCUAUAACAACGCCUAGGAGUCAUGAAACCAAAACCUUUUCCUUCUAUAAGCGAACGAACCAUGAGCGUACUGUUACAUCCAAACGAAGCGUGACGACUCCAAAUGAAAAAAAGAAGGCCCCUACAUGCAAGCAUCCCAGAUGUGUGCAGUGCGUAGAACCGGCUCCCCCUCCUCUCCAAUGCAAGCCCCGCUCCCGGAUAUCGAUGCUUCCAUGACAGCGAGUGACUGAUGCCGAAUAAUGCAAAUGCGAGCGAAUGACAAGAAAGGAACACGCAAUGCAACAAACAUGCUGAAUCCACCAAAAUACGCCCUCCACAUCCCAAACGGAAAAUCUCAGAGAUGCAGCAAAGAAAAGCCGGCCAAAUGCAAUGCAUGCCAAU